UCCAACCAAACAAUUCAAACAGCCGCUUCCUCUCCCAAUUCAAUCCUCCCCCUGCAGCCCGACCCGGACCGCCCUCUCCCGCAGAAAAUCGGCCCUCCCAGCGAAUGAGAAGCUCCGCAGCCCACAACAAACCGUCCCCACAGCAAGCGAGAAAGCUCACUCGAGCCAAAAGCGGGAAGUAAGGCUGGCAGCUAAGCAAUUCUCUUGUUUUUUCCUUUUGUGGACAGACAGACAGACAAGAAUGACAAGAGUUGCCUGGCUUUUUUUCUCCGCAAGGUUCGGGGGUGGCGAGUGGGGAAAGACAGAGACGGAUACAGGAAGACGGCUUUGUGGCUUUGGGGGAAGGAGAAAUAACAAAAUAAGGCUACACGGUCCGAAGGGGGGGUCCUUUUUUUUUAGACGGAGUACGAGUACUCUAGUGUGUGGGGGAGAGAAAGAAGAGACCGAGCAGAAAGAGGAGAGAGGAAGAGAGGAAAAGAGAAGAGGGGAAUGGGAUGGUUGGCAUAGCGAAAGCCGUUCCGUAGGUCGGGACGGCGGGCUGGACUUUUUUUCUGGGGAAAUGGGGCCGGACAGCUCUUUUUUUUGGUAUAUUUAUAAAGGUGAGGGGGUGUGUCCGUGUGUCUUGUGUUGUUGGGUUCGUGUGACUUGUGAUUUUUGGGGUUUUCCUUGGAAAGUGUCUCUUGUGAAACUCUUUUUUAUCUUUUAAUUUAUUUUACGAAUGAACAUUGGAUCAUUCAUCCCUUGGGACCGAGUGAAACAUAAAAAAAACCUGAAUGGCGGCUUGAAUCAAAUCCGUGGACGAAUUCUUCUUUUUCCCUUUCCCUUUUUUUUUCUCUUUUUGAUACCUUG